AUGGCUACCCCUAGUGUCCUAGCUUUUGACGCUGAGGGUCGUGCCAUUGACUUUGAGGUUUGGCUCGACGACCUGCAGCUGUUCUUACAAUGCGAUAGGGCAGACAGUCUUUCUCUCUUUGACCUCACCUCUGGCGUCGUCCCUGCCCCUGCUGCUGAUGCUGACGCCACUGUUCGCUCACAGUGGGCCACGCGCGAUGCUGCUGCACGUCUUGCUGUGCGUCGCCACCUGCCUACCGGUGAGCUCGCGCACUUUAGCCAGUACAAGAGUGCCCAGACCUUGUACGACGCUGUAGUUGCGCGCUACUCCUCCCCUGCCACUGCUGCACUGAGCCGCCUCAUGCUCCCCUUCCUCUUCCCUGACCUUGCCGCCUUUCCCACUGUCGCUGACCUCAUUACGCACCUCCGCACUAGUGACACUUGCUACCGCGCUGCGCUUCCUGCUGACUUCUGUGCCAAGAACCCCCCCCCCAUGUACAUCAAUCUCUACUUUUUAGUCACUCGCCUCCCUGACUCCCUUCGUGUAGUCCGGGACCACUUCCUCGCGGGGUGUUCUCCUUCCCCUCUCCUGCCCUUUGUCGCCUCUGCCGCUGCGGCCGACCUCGUUGGUCUUGAGUCGGUCGGUGCGGCGUCUGCCCCUACCGAGAGACGCCGCUCUGGCAAGGGCAAGGGGGGCAAGGGAGCGGGUGGGGCCAGCGGGGGCGGUGGAGGUGGCGGUGGAGGCGGCGGAGGGAGUGGGGGUGGCGGUGGAGGUGGUGGCGGGGGUGAGGGUGCUAGUGGCGGCAGUGGGGGCGGGGGUGGCGGCGGCGGUGGCGGUGGGAGCGGAGGUGGCGGCGGUGGAGGCGGAGGCGGGGGUGGCGGUGGUGGUGGCGGUGGUGGAGGUGGUCGGAGUGGCGCUUCGCAGCGGAGCAGCACUGGGGGUGGUCAGCGCCAGCAGCAGCAGCAGCAGCGUUCUUGCGACCUCCCGACGCCUCAGCAGCUCCGUGAGUGGUACACCCAGCGUCAGCGUGGUGGGGGUUUUGGUCCCUGCACCUACGUCCUUCGUACUGGCGACCGUGCUGGAGAGCAGUGUGGGGGUACCCACACCGCCCAGCGCUGCUUUGGUCGCGUGACGGACGCUUGGCGUCAGCAGUUCCCGGAGGCCGCGGAGAUCCCCCGUUGGGGAGAGCUGUCUAGGGCUGGUGUAGCUAUCUUUGAUCUUGACUUUGAUGCUAUCCUUGCUGCCAUGUAUGCUGUGACCAUUAGUGAUGAGGGUGACUGUUACCGGUGUUUCCCGCCCGACCCGGGCAUUGGUACUGCUGCUCUAGGUGUCAGUGAGGCUUCUGCUCUAGGUGCCAGUGCGUCUGUGCUCUCAGGUACUGGUGAGGCUGCUCUCUCAGAUACCAGUGAGUCUGCGCCCUCAGGUACUGCGCCGGCUUCGGCCUCCCACACCUUCACUCUUGACUCUGGAGCGUCUCGCUCCUUCUUUCGAGACCGCACCACACUCACGCCGCUUAGUCGGCCGGUUGCGGUGUCCCUGGCUGACCCCUCUGGGGGUCCUGUCCUGUCUCGCUUCUCCACCGUCCUCCCGUGUCCGGCGGCUCCCUCUGGCACCAUGUCUGGUCUCUACCUCCCCUCAUUCUCUACGAACUUGGUGUUUGAUGCAGCGUCCAGGUCUGGUCCUGAGUCUGCCCCCUGUUCGUGUCGUCGCCUGUCUCACGAGACUCUCCUCUGGCACCACCGCCUGGGUCACCCCUCUCUUCUUUGGGUCAGAGGCAUGGCCUCCCGUCUUCUUGUGUCUGGUCUCCCCCGGUCCCUCCCUCCCCUUCCUCAGGGCCCUGGCCCUGCUUGUGUCCCCUGUGUCGAGGGGCGCCAGCGUGCUGCCCCUCACUCCUCCCAGUUUCCUCCGACAGAGGCUCCGUUGCAGACGCUUCACAUGGACGUGUGGGGCCCUGCCCGCGUCCGUGGACUCGGUCACGAGCGCUACUUCCUGUUGGUGGUUGACGACUACUCGCGUUACACCACAGUCUUCCCCUUGCGCAGCAAGGGUGAUGUCACUGAGGUACUGAUCGACUGGAUCCGCCCAGCUCGUCUCCAGCUCAGGCAGAGCUUUGGCUCGGACUUUCCUGUGUUGCGUCUGCACUCGGACAGAGGCGGAGAGUUCUCCUCUGGCCUUCUGCGUGCCUACUGUCGUGCGCGAGGCAUCCGUCAGACCUUCACGCUUCCGGACUCACCGCAGCAAAAUGGGAUUGCAGAGCGCCGCAUUGGCAUGGUCAUGGACGUCGCUCGUACGUCAAUGAUGCAUGCGGCUGCCCCCCAUUUUCUGUGGCCGUUUGCAGUCAGGUAUGCGGCGCAUCAGAUCAACCUCCACCCCAGGGUCUCCAGGCCGGAGACCUCCCCAGCUCUGCUGUGGACGGGGAAGGUUGGCGAUGCGUCGGCGUUCCAGGUCUGGGGAUCUCGGGCGUUUGUCCGCGACUUGUGUGCGGACAAGCUGUCCCCUCGCGCUGCUCCCUGCGUCUUCCUAGGGUUCCCCCCUGACGCCCCUGGGUGGCAGUUCUACCACCCCACCUCUCGCCGUGUUCUGUCCUCCCAGGACGUCACGUUCGACAAGUCAGUACCCUACUACCACCUCUUCCCCUACCGCACUCCGUCCCUCCCCCCACCCCCGCUCUUCUAG